UCACUCGGAUUCAAAGAAAACUUGCCCCUACGAUCUUCAAACUUUGGCUUCCACCUCAAUGCCGCGUAGACCAUUUGCUUCAUUCUGUAGCUUUAUGAUUGGAUGGCACAUUCGCAGGCUGGCCCAUAGUUUAUCCCUCCAAGAAAAUCAUUAAAUGUGGUGUUUCAGGCAGGCAAGUCCCCUUCUUCUGUUCUCCAGUCUCUGUAAUAAUAAAAACAACAACAGCAAUUUCUUUCAGUAUACCUGUUAUUGACCAUGGCUGCUGCUGCUUCAACGACUGUUGCGCAUUGGUCAACCCCAACUUCCCUCCACUUGUCAACUGCUAAAAACAAGAACGCAGCAGUCUUAUUAAACUCCAUACGCACUUGCAAAAUCACAUCAUCAUCGUCUAUCGGUAAAGUCCAAUAUGGAUAUGGAUACUCGAAGAGAAGCUCAAUUCUUACUGGUUUCAAGCCCUUUUCUUCUCCAGUCAUGGAGUUUCAGGAUUGCACGGUUAAGAUGGAAAUUGAUGUGCCUGUUGGGUUGGCUUAUAAGCUUUAUUCAGAUCGUGAAUCAAUUCCUCGUUGGAUGCCCUUCAUUUCAUCUGUACAGGUGCUCAAAGACAAGCCCGACCUAUCACGGUGGUCACUGAAGUAUAAAGCACUUGGUCAGGAACUUGAAUAUUCUUGGCUUGCUAGAAAUAUGCAGCCAACCCCCAAUCAGAAAAUUCAUUGGAGAUCUCUGGAAGGUCUUCCUAACAGGCUUGCUAUUAAGAAAUUUCCCCUGAAUAUACUAGAUAGAGGGGAUGGUGAACAAGAGGCUCUGUUCGAUUUUUUCCAAAAGGUUCUUCAUCAUGUCUGGUAGAAGCACUCCAACCUUUGCUUGAGAGCUUACUCAGAGGGGGUUUGGAAAGAUUUGCAACACUUGCGAAAAGCACUUUGGCAGACUGAAUUCCACGCUUCAAAUGGGGUAGCUGGAACUCAUGUCUAAUGAUCAUCAACAAUUUUCUUAGUUGGAAUAUUUACAGAAUCAAUAUGAUUAUCUUUCACUGGCAGCAUUGUUCCCUGUAGAAGAAGGGAGAAGUUUUCUUAUUAAUUUGCCAUUGAUUGUACUCAGCACCCUUACUUUGGAUUGUUGAUCAAUUCCAAAAAUAAUGAAAAGUUCAUGAUA